AAAAAAAGCUAUUGGACCUAAACUACUGGGCCGCUGAAGCCCUGAAUAUUCGAGUUAUUGCAACUCGCAACUCAAAACUCAAAACCUAGACGACGAAGUCCCCUGCGUCCUUCAGCAAAACUGCAAAAGCUUCCCUUCUCAAUCCCGUCUUCAAGCCUAUCUACUCUUAUCCAAAGGGCCAAAACUCCCACGCCACGCCGAACUCCAUCGAUUCCCAGGCAACGCAGCUUGUGUUUAGCCCUCCGACCUUGUUCCAGCUUCCUCCACCAAUCCCAGAAACUCUGACCUUGUUCCAGCUUCCUUCAUCAAUCCCACCAACGAUUUCAUCUCUUUAACCAAUCGACAGUCACCUUCGCCGACACAUCCUCUUCGUUCUGUAUUCGUGAAAUAGAUUCGCCAAUUUCCCUACAAAAUCCGCGCCCCAACAAGUAAUAAUUCACGAAUUUUAUACGAAAUCCUUUAGAUUCGCGUUUUCGCGCUCUAAAGCGGGAGCGCGAGCCCUGCCCCACGAAUUGUGUGCAUCAUUCCUUGUCUCCUAUCCUGCCUUCCUUUGCAAAGAUGCUCUCAAAUGGACCAAGCGGUUGAUUUGGUAGCUUGUGGAGGUUAUUGAUGUCCUAUGCCAAUGGCAGCUGAUCAUUGGAGAAAACGUCUCAACGGUACAAAUGUUGCUGGUUGCAGUUCCUGGGAGCAGCCCAGAGGGAAAAAGAAGAAAUAUGAACCUUUAAAAAAUGAUUUAAAUACAAAAUCUCAUAUAUCCCUUGAGUGGGACAACCACCAAAAGAGGGUUGUUGCCAAAAGGGAACAAAUAGGCAUACACCAGAGAGAUUUGAGGUCAGUUUUGCUUUCUGCUAAACCGGCAAGUCCAAAUGGCAUAGCCGACGUUGUUACUGUUCCUCGAGAAGUCUUUCAAUUGGAGAAUCUGAUGGAAGUUCUCUCCCCCAAGGUGUGGCAGUCUUACUUGUCAGUGAAAGAGAGAAACUUUCUUGUGAAAUUUCUACCUAUGGGUGUGGAUGCAGAAGAAAUUGUGGAUGAUUUACUUUCUGGGAAGAACUUCCAUUUUGGAAAUCCUUUUGUCGACUGGCAAGUAUUGAUUUGUUAUCCAACCCUUUUGACAAUGAGUUUCUGUCUUAUUAUAAUGGUUUUUAAGCGCUUAUCUCUUGGCUCUCAUUUGAGAAAAUAUGGUAGAAUUAAGGUUUCCAUGCGGAGUAGUUCACUUUGUGCAGGUAAUCUUCACCCUGAUGUCAUUCUCCGUCAGGAGCAGGCUCUUAAGACUGCUAAGAAAGAGCACUAUUUAGAGAUCCAGAAUUACCAUAAUGACAUGAUCAAAUACUUGCAAACAAUGAAAGCAACAUGUGAGAGGAGCAGGGAUCCAGAGAAAGAGAUUUUUCAGAAGACAUUGAGGGAUGCGGAGAGACCGGCGUCCUCACUUGGAUAUGAGCAUAGAGUUUUAGAGAGUGAAGAAAAGGUGGCAACAUCUGAAUCUUGUUCCUUGCUGGCGGAAGAGAAAGGCUGUAGCAGUGACAAUCAAAAUUCCUCUGUGAAGGGAGCAAAGCAUCGUGAAAGACCUUAUGAGAAAGGCUCCUCGAAGGGGAAUGACAUAAAGCCAUCAGCUGCUUUGCAUGGUGCAAAAUCGGGGAAGGUAGAUAAGCUGCAGAAGCACAAUAUUCAACACACUGAUGGUGCUCAAUAUAUGUCCUACCUAAAGAUAAGCAAGAAGCAGCACCAACUAGUGAAGAGCAUGAAGCAAUCUGGCAAAAGCAUUCAGUCUGAAUCUCUUAGUCGUGUGUUGGGUAACCUUGAUAUGCUGGAUGUACAACCAUUUGAAGAGUUUGUAAAAGAGGAAGAGAAGAAGUUGCGUGAGCAUUGGCACCAAUUGGCCGUCAAAGAUUUUCCUGCAAUGUAUGUGAACUGGAGAGCGAGACAGUCUCAGAGACAAGAGAUGAUUAGGUCUUUAGGGCGAGAUCUGAAACUACAAUGUGAAGUAGAAGUGGAAAAUGAAGAAGUUGAAGAACAAGACCGAGAAGGAGAAGACUAUGAUGAAGAGGAACUAGAACAAGAACGGGAACAGGAAGAGGAAUAUGAUGAUGAGAAUGAAGGUGCAAAUGAAGAUGAUGACAAAGAAGAAGAAGAAGAAGAAGAAGAAAGACAUAAGCAACGCCAACCACAACCAAGUGUUUCUUCACCUUACUGGGUUAAUGACUUAAAUGGCCAUCUCGUGGAGGACGAGGAGAAAGAGGACAUCAAUGAGCAUAGUAGUGGAGAGGAAAGAGAAGAAGAAUCAGAUGUGGAGAUGGGUAACAUGGAUAAGGAGACAGACGAUGAUGAGGUCAUGGUUAAUGAUCGAAAUGAUUGCGAGGCAAUGCUUCUGGAUCAGAAUGAGCAGAAUGAUGCUUUUCAGGAUCAUAGUGAUGAAGAAGCAGGCAGCUUGGAGUCGAAUCCAGAAGAUGAUGAAGCAAUACUUCUGGAUCAUACUAAGCAGAAUGGUGUGUUCCCGGAUCAAAGUGAUGAAGAAGUAAGAAGUCUGGGGUCCAAUCCAGAAGAUGUUGAAGAAGCAAGAAGUUCUGGCUCGCUCCAGUAUCAGCCACCACCACCGCAUAUCUCUUCAUUGAGUGCACAUGGUGUUGAUACAGUAGAUGAUGUUUCAGAAACUCAUGAUGGUGGAGUCUCCAAAGUAAAUAAUAACUCUGUGGCAGAGGACAUAAUUGGUCAUGGAGUUCCUAUAUCCUCUGGUGAGGAUGUUUGGUCGGCUGUCAGCAUGCCGGUGCAGUCUUAUUAUGACUCCACUUCAAACUACACCCAUGAUCAGGAUUUCGUAUCUACAUCCUCCUUGAUACACCCACAUCAAGAUGGUGAAGAGCAGCACACCCAGUUGAUCGAUUUGGGAUCUCAUGUCCAUGAAGAUACCAGGGGAGAUUUGUCCCGAAGACAGUCUGAUGGAGUCCCAUUCGGUACUCGCCCGGAACCUGACAGAAGCGGUCUACUUCAGUCGCUGUUCAAGGGGCAGGAGACAACAUUACCCUUCAUUAGGGAGGAACAAAAGCUGGAAGCUUUGGAUUUCCAGCCUCAGAGUGAUGUCUUAGUGGAAGGUGGGCAGUUUAAAAAUGUACACAUUCAUGGACAUCUUCAGCCUUCUAUCCUGCUCGGGCAGGGUCAAAAGAGACAACACACGGAGGAUUACAUAAGACACAACUUGUCUCAAGAUGUUUACUCACCAGUUAGCAAUGGUGGGUACAUAAUCCCAAGGCAGACACAUGUCAAUCUUCAAGACUGGAACCCGAGCCUUGCUGUUACCCGCCCGCCAUCCCGGUUCCCACCACCAAGUCUUAAUGGAGAUUUGUUAUUGGGUCAGAACUGGUUUCAUCAUGGCGAGCAGCAUCAACUCCGUGGUGGAGGUUGGAAUGGUUAUGAUGGUAGUAGUGGUAGUGCCACUAGUAAUGUUCCGAGCCAGAGCAUUGGGGGAACUACAGUGGAUCAGACUCUGUAUAGUGUUCUACCGCACUGCAAUCAGUUACCGCCAAGUUAUCCUCUUGAUUCAAUGCCGGUUUCCAGUGGGCAACUGAUGACACCAAGGAACUACGGUAUCGUUGGGGGUGGAUUUGGUGGUCUUCCUCGGCUUGGUGGCAAUAUCACAUUGCCGCAGGUGGGUGGCGUUGUGCAUGAACAUGACUACUUCUCCUCUGGGCGUGGCAGCGACCCAGUUGGGUCCUCCAUGGUGAUGCCAGAUGAAGCUACAGGGUGGAUGAAUCUGGGGCAUAAUCGUAUUAGUAAUGAUAGUGGUAAUGGUAGUAAUUUUGGGUUUCUUGAUCCUAUGGGGAGGCCCUAAUUGAGGUCAUGGCACCAGCAAUGAGAAAGCCUGCAGCUUUGGUGGCAGAGUGUUUUGGGGGUAGGGUUUUGUACAUACUUAAACACAGAGAGAGUGAGACGAGAGAUUGAGGCGCGGCUGGAAAGCUUGUAUAUAUAUAUAUAUAUAUGAAUGAAUCUGCAGGUGUUUAGAGUUGGGGAAGGGGGAUGUUGAGGCAAGACUCUUCUGAUAAUAUUCUUUAUCCUUUACUUUGGUCUUGUAGUGUUUUUCCUUUCCUUUGGAGGGUUAGUGUUCAGGGUUGGGUUGGGGCAAACUAGGAUGCUAAAUUUUUGGGAUAGCAGCAGUUUGUCAUUUUGUUAGGUCUAAUUUGGGAGGAAGAGGAAAUAAGAAUUUGUUGAUUGGGGGUUUUUAAUUUAUUAGCAGCAGUCCAUGUUCAUGUGCUAUGUUGUGUGAGUUAGUGGGCAUGAUGAUUGUAUGAAUGGUUCCCCUGCAUUUUGAUGAUGAGUUGAGCCGAAGGCUCUGUGCUUGGAAUGCGUUGCUUGAAAGAGCAUUUUUGAAGGAGUUUUCAUUUUGCCAUCUUCUUGUAGCCAUUUCGUCUCAAAUCCAACCAUUGGUGCUCCGAUUAUUGAGAGCUUGAGGAAGCACACCAUUGGUGUUUAAUUUGUCACCAAAACAAAUUCUUGAGUAAUGU